CAACAGGGUCUGUAAUACCAAGGAUAAUAGGUACAUUACUGUUUAGAAUUUCUAAAAUAAAUAUAAAGUAACGUAGGCAAAAACAUCGUGUUUUAAUAUUUACAUUCAAGGCAAAAUGAGCAAUAUCUUCAAGUUAAAGUUGUCUGCUCUUGGCCACCCGAAUCCUGAAAGUUUCAAUUGUGAAGAUGAAAAGGAAUAUAGAAGUGUAGUUUUAUGGCUUGAGGAUCAAAAGAUAAGGCAUUACAAGAUUGAGGAGAGGGAAGGUCUUCGGAAUAUUGACAGUAAUAAUUGGCAAGAAGCAUAUGACAUAUACCAAAAAGACCUAGUUAGUCCUGUUGUAAAUGGAACAUUAAAUGAACAAUUGAAUUGGCUUCUAUCUUAUGCUGUGCGAUUGGAAUUUGCGGACAAUGUCACCAAAUACAAGGAAGUGAAAUUGGACCAACCAAAACAGGCUGUGCCUAAUGUAGUGUCUUCUAAUCCUUUGGAUAACUUAAACUUUGAUAGUCCCGCAUUUAAGGCUGGUGUUGAGAGAGUUUGCACUCUAGCCGGUGUGGGCCCACAUCCAGAUCCAAAAUUCCGUUUAGCAGCUCUUGCUAAAAUCCUUAAAACCACACCACAUCCUGAUCCUGCAAAGACUGAUGCCAUUCUGAUUAACCAGCCAAUAGAUGUUCUUAAUCUCUUGUUCAUCCAAGAUAUAAGGGAAUUACAGACAAAGAUUAAUGAAGCUCUAGUUGCUGUACAAACUAUAACAGCUGAUCCUCGCACUGACACUAAAUUGGGAAAAGUUGGCAGAUAAAUGUACUGUCAUCAAGAUAAUGUUGAUAAAAAUACUGAUUUGUAUAAAUCUAUGCUUUACUAAUUUAUAAAACCAUAUUACUAAUAUGCCAUGAAAA